AGCCAAAUCGCAACGUUGGACUGCACCGCAAGAGCAAAGAUCCUCCAACGACUGACUAGCAAAUAAGACACAAAUAAGAAGAUGCUUAAGAACGUGUUUGGAAAGAUCACGACUCUGUUCAUUUGCACGCAAGUGGCGCUGUGCUCCGUGGCGCGAGCGCGCUGCCCAGCAGUCUGCAGCUGCCCCGAGGAACCGGCUGCGUGCCCCCCCGGCGUGCAGCCUGUCCUGGACGACUGCGCGUGCUGCAUCGUGUGCGCGAGGCAGCUCGGAGAGCCCUGUUCCCAGCGCGCGCCGUGCGAUGACCAUCAGGGUCUCCGCUGCGAUCGCAAGAGCAGAGUGUGUGUAGCUCAUAAGGGAGACUCCUGUGUAUUGGAUGGUGCUGUCUACCAGAAUGGAGAGACCUUCUUCCCGAGCUGCAGCUAUCAGUGCAUGUGUAGGGAGGGCUACAUCGCCUGCGUACCACGCUGUAACCUAGAAGUGAUGCUCCCAGGGCCUGACUGUCCUCAUCCACAGAAGGUCCAAAUCCCAGGAGAAUGCUGCGAGAAGUGGGUGUGUGAGCCUCAGGCCGAAGCCACUGUCCUGGGUGGCUUUGCCAUGGCAGCAUACAGGCAGGAGGAGACGGUGGGUUUCGACCAGUGGGACCCCAGUGUAAACUGUAUUGAACAGAUCACAGAGUGGAGUGCCUGCUCAAAAACAUGUGGCAUGGGUGUCUCCACUAGGGUGACCAAUAAAAACCAGCGCUGUGAAAUGGUGAAACAGAGCCGGCUGUGCAUGGUCCGGCCCUGUGAUGAUCUGAAGGAGCAGAGAGCCAAGCAGCAAGGGAACAAGUGUCUUAAGACCAAGAAGAGUACGAAAGCUGUCCACUUUACCUUCAAGAACUGUACUAGCAUUCAGGCCUUCCAGCCUCGCUUCUGCAGCCUGUGCGCUGACGGCCGAUGCUGCACACCUCAUAAAACCAGAACAGCUCAGGUGAAGUUCCAAUGCCAGAACAACAGAGUGGUCAAGAGGCCUGUGAUGUUCAUAAACACCUGUGUUUGCCACCACCACUGUCCACGAGACAACGCAGUCCAGCAACCUACUACUGACAUUAACAACUACGGUCUUUAUCUCUGAGAAUGGGCUUCUUAGAUGAGCACAAGUGCAGGUUAGAUGAAGGCACUUACUCUUCAGAGUGCAACAACAGUAAAGACGGCUUAUGCUGCACACGUAGGGUUUCCAUAUACUGACUCCCUUUGAUAGUCCAGAGGGCUUUUUUACUGUAUUCUUUUUUAAUACGUUUCAUCUAUGGUCUUAACCUGAUGAAAUUACAAGCCCCUAGCAAACAGGAAUGAGUUAUGAGUAUUCCGUCCGAAAGAAAAGGAGGAAAGCCUCAGGUUUAAAAUUGUGCAAAACUGCACAACUUUGUACAUCUUAAGCAUCUCUUUGUAGUCAUUUAUCAGUCAUUUAUUGUCUCCUCCACCCCAUCCAUAUAAUCAGAGAUUAGAACAGCAAAAAUAAAACUGGUCCUACAGUUAUAUGAUCAAAUUAGUCCUUGCCAAAUUUUGUUAACUAAAAACAACAUAUAUAUAUAUAUUCUGCACAUUUUAAUGCACAGUUACUGUUUGUUUGCUGAAUUUAAUAUAUUGGGGAAAAAAAUGAAAGCAUAUAAUGUGGCCUGUGCAAAAGUUGUGGCAUAUUAUAUUUUUCAAAUAUGGUAAACUAAAUAAGUGCACUGCAUUUUAUAGAAAAUGCCAUAUUUAAGUUUGUUUGCUGUAAAGGAUGUAUUGACUUGUUUUCACUUCAUCAAAAUUCAACAAAAUGACUGGGAGUGCUCAAACUUUUAUGACUGUAUGCCUGCGUUCCUUCUUUAAGGAGGUAAAAAUCCUCGUAACAACUUCUGGGCUAAAGACUGCGUCCAGCAACGUCCCAUAAAUUCCUCUUGUGGACGGAUGACCCCUCCCAGGCCCUGUGCUCAAUAAGGGUGAAGCAAAGGGCCUCAUGACAGAGAGUGUACAGUGUGUCUAAGGUCACAGGUCGCUCACAAAGCAAAGUGACAUUCUCCUGUGGUCAUAUUUGUUUUUCACUGUGGUAAAAAGGGGGUCAUUUUCUGUUAGAGGCCUUGCCUGAGCUAAAUUAAAUAUGCAUUUGAUCAUCUAUCCCUUGGCAUGUAUAAAUCUGAUUCACUUUAUUUGUUCACAGAAUGUCUGUAGACAGUUAUUGAAUAGUUUGUGUAUGUUGUACUCACUUGUGGUGUUACUUUGCUAACCCAUGUGAAUGAGAAAUGUCUAUAGUCCAAUGUUUGUGUACGCUCACAUGACCUGAUGGAAAUUUCACACAGCUUUUCCAGCAUUGAUCAUGACCUGUAUUGUUUUCAGUAUGCGUUAUUUCAUAAUAAACAUGUAUUUUUCUAUA